AUGCAAAUAGACGAGGGUGCGAGCACGUCUGCAACUGCAUCUGCUCCGUCGGGCUGUUCCGGGAGACCACAUCCGGUUGCACCCUUUGAAUCCAAGGUGUCGCUGGAACAUCCGAAACCAGAAAAGCGCAUUAUCCUGAUCCCAGCCCCUCCAGCUCCAAAGCGAGCACGAGAAGCCGAGAACGACGAUCGAGUUAAAUCCGAAGAUUCACCCUCGAAUCGAACUCAAAAACGAAAAGCCAGAAGCGAAUCAAAGGGCUCAGGAGACCUAACGCCAGAAGAAUUGGUAAAGGAGCAGAAGCGACUAAAUGCGCGGAGUUGGCGGCAGUCGAUGGCAAAAAUGCGUGAUGAGGUUCCCCGACUUCAGAAUCUGAGCGAUGAUCUGAAGCGGCGAAAAGAGGCGUUAGAGAGGGAGGUCGAGGAGAAAAAUCAGAAAAUUGCCGAUAUGGAGGAGCAGAUCCGGGAGCUGCACCGGCAAAAUGGGGCUCUCCAAGCAAAGUGUGACGUCUUGCAACAACCUGGCAUCCAGUCCACUUCGCUGCAAAUCCCGUGGAUGACUACGGACUACAGUACGAUACAACUCUUUCCGAAUAAA